GCUGCUGCGUCCCGGCGGCAGGCGUCUGCGAGGCCUGCGUGAGGUCAGGCCGGGGUGAAGGCACCGGGUCGGCUGGCAGCCGCGGGACGGUGGAGGAGCCGGGCCGCGCCCUGUCCCGCAGCCGCCUGUGUGGGUUUCGCGUGGAAGUACCUCAGGUCGGACGGAAAGGAGCGGCGGCGCCAGACUGUCGCGGCUCAGGAAGCUGCUGUAUACAAACCAAAAGCUUUUUGAUAAGGAGACAUGGCUGUCACGCUGCAUACUGAUGUAGGAGAUAUUAAAAUUGAACUGUUCUGUGAGCGUACACCAAAGACUUGUGAAAAUUUCCUGGCUCUUUGUGCUAGUAACUACUACAAUGGAUGCAUAUUUCACCGGAAUAUAAAGGGCUUCAUGGUUCAGACAGGGGAUCCAUUAGGCACUGGAAAAGGAGGUAACAGCAUCUGGGGCAAGAAGUUUGAAGAUGAAUUCAGUGAAUACCUAAAGCAUAGUGUCCGUGGGGUAGUUUCAAUGGCAAACAAUGGUCCGAAUACCAAUGGAUCACAGUUCUUCAUCACUUACGGCAAGCAACCGCACCUAGACAUGAAAUACACUGUGUUUGGAAAAGUUAUUGACGGCUUGGAGACUCUGGAUGAGCUGGAGAAGCUACCUGUGAAUGAGAAAACAUACCGACCUCUUAACGAUGUUCGCAUUAAAGAUAUUUCAAUUCAUGCCAAUCCUUUUGCUCUGUAGCCACAGAGUGCAUUGCAAGGUUUAAAGCGUCAUUAAAAAGGAUUCUUUGAGCUGGAUCAUACCUUUGCUCAUUAAAUGCAGGAUUUUCAGGCGCUGUGACAUUGCUUGGGAGUUGUCACAGAGGAGCCUUGUGCUUUAAAGGUCAGUUUUUCCAGAGUAUCUGACAGGAUUUUUAUUUUUAAAUGUGGUUUGUUUUUUUUAUACUUGUAAAAUAAGAAAAUACUUUUAAAAAUACAUAUUUUGGUUUUACAAAUCUU